GUUGUAGCCGGCUCAUUUGGGCUGAAAGAAUUCACWGAUAUCAAAAUCAAACGACGAGACUCCAAGAAUCGUAGGUUGUCAAGGGAAGAAGCUCUCAGUGUUUUGCCCAGGAGAAAAGAUGAUGUUACACUAGAAGAUGCUUAUUCUGUAASAAAUGUUUGCAUGAAACCKUUUUGAUUUGCAUACUUUUUGGACAUUUACUUUGUCUCAUUUAUUCUAAACAUAAUUUUUAUUUGAAUGAUCUCUAGGAAAUUCAGAAAAAAGUUGAUAUUGAUACGUGGGAAAAUAAAAGAGGACCAAGACCAUGGGAAGACAUGUCAAAGGAUAAUAGAAAAUAAUGAAAUAAUUGAUUUUAUCAUGUAAAUAACUUAGAAAAUGAACAAACAGUGAGAUCAUCAUGAUAUGCUAAAUGUUGUAAAAAUGUUACUGGAUUAUGAAUGUAUUUCAAGGAGACAACACCGGAAGAAAAAAAAKAAAAAUGAAAAGAAAAAAUGUAAAUAUUAAUUCAAUUUAAUUUUGAGUUGAUAGUUUUGAGAAUAAACAUUUACACUCUCAAUGAACGAGAAAUGCACAAUUACCUUAUCUAAAUUAURGAAGGAAGCAAGUUGAUACUAGAGCUGAUUUCAUUUUCAGGCGGGCUUCCUGUGGUAAUGGGUUUCCUGUGGUGACCACAUGGUACAAACAAGAUGGCGACCCACACGGAUAAAAACAAAAAGAAGAAAAAAACUCGUAAAGAAGUUAAAGACUUUUCACUAGAGGAUGUAUUGGCCGUCGGAGGUGAUAAGGAUGACUUUGAGAUGCUAAGAGACGUAUCUGCGUUUAAUGAGUUAACUACAGACAAUCAAAUCAAAGACAGUGAGCCAAUACGUAAAGACGAGGUAUUGUCAAUGAUCCAAGAACUUGGUCUUGAUAAAGUUAUUCCAGAACCAGAAGAUGCUGAAGAGAAAUUAAUAGAAAACAGSCAAACUAAAGAAMAUGCUGAAAUACAAACAAAUGAMCAGCCUGAACUCRGCAAAACCAAAACRAAGAUUAAACAGAAGAAAGAUGAAGAAGUGAAAGCUGACCAAAAUGRCAAGAAAAUAGAAAUAAAWAAAAAUGAACCUAAACAAAAGGAAAAACAAGAUUUGAUCUCUGAUCAAGCUGAGAUUGAAAAUGUAGACUUACAAUUCAAGUUACUUAUUAAACCUGGUGGAAAGUGGUAUGACCAGAUUCCSGAGGAUGAAAAACUCAAAACUGAUCUUUCUGCCAGUGACGUAACAAGGCUUAGUAAUCAGGCUGUGAACAUUUGGCAGAAUGAAUGUGAUCUUUAUCAGAAAAUGAAGGAAAAGCGUAGCUCUUCAGAAARCAACUGGAUGAAGACAGUAGUUUCAUCUGGAACUCUUGGAGACAAGAUUGCAGCCCUUACUUUACAAGUACAAGAAUCACCUGUUCAUCAGAUGAAGGCUCUUGAACUGUUAGUCACAAUGUCCAAGAAGAAAGGCAGAAGAGAAAGUAUUUUGGCAAUUGAUACCUUGAAAGACCUUUGGCUUCAAGAUCUUCUUCCAGAAAAUAGAAAGCUGCGGACCUUUGCACAGCAACCAUUAGCCUUAUUCAAAGCAAACAAUAAAAAUAAGUUAACAAAAGAAGCCCAGCAGACACGAUUGAUUCUAUGGUACUAUGAAGACRUCCUUAAACAGAAAUAUAUKGAGUUUGUAUCAGCUUUAGAGCAACAUCUUCAAGAUACCAUCACAAAUAUCAGGAGUAAAACACUAGGUGUUGUUUUUGAACUCUUAUCACAGACACCAGAGCAAGAACAGUCUUUACUUAAGUUUUUGGUCAACAAAGUUGGAGACCCUGAUCGUACUGUAGCAUCAAARGCUUCACAUUUGCUAAGGUCAUUAGUUACCAAGCAUCCAAAUAUGAAGAAUGUCAUAAUCAAAGCUGUUGAGAUGUUGCUAUAUCGACCAAACAUUARCAGCAAGGCACAAUAUUAUGCUGUGUGUUUCCUCAACCAAAUCAUCUUAACCAAGAAUGAUCAUGAGUUAGCCAGUAAACUUAUUGCUAUCUAUUUCUCAUUUUUCAAGUUAUUUGUAAAGAAAAGUGAAGUGGAAGCAAAAAUGUUGAGUGCUCUUUUAACUGGUGUCAACAGGGCAUUUCCAUUUGCUAAAGAUGAAGAGGAUAAAUACAGUGACCAAUUGGAUAUGCUUUUCAAAGUUGUACACAUUGGAUCWUUUAAUACAAGUAUACAGGCCCUAAUGCUGCUGCUUCAAGUCAUGGAUGUCAGGCAGUCAAUAUCUGAUAGAUAUUACACAGCYCUGUACAGCAAACUACUAGAUCCUUCCCUUGGAACAUCACCCAAACAAGCCAUGUUUCUCAACACUCUUUUUAAAUCACUAAAGAUGGACACUUCAGUUGUGAGGGUCAAGGCAUUUAUUAAAAGACUUCUUCAAGUUUGUAGUGGUCAGCAACCAUCAUUUAUUUGUGGUGUCUUAUACUUGGUAUCAGAGCUGGCAAAGAUAAAACCAGGAAUUAAAAGUAUGAUUCAGCAACCAGAGGAAGAAGAUGAUGAAGAACAUUUUGAAGACAUUCCUGAUGAAGACGAURAGCUAGAUCAAGAUGAAAAUGACAGUGAACUAAAAGAUAACAGUGAUGAAGAAAAAGAUGGCAAAAGUAAAGAAGAAACAAAUAUCAAAACUGUAACAAAACYUAAACAGUAUGACAGUAAAUCAAGGAAUCCAUUGUACAGUGGUGCAGAAGRCAGUUGUUUAUGGGAAAUCACCAAAUUGUUUGAUCAUUAUCAUCCUUCUGUAUGUCAUUUUGCACAUUUAAUUUGUGAGGGUCAGGAAAUAGUUUACAAAGGUGACCCACUUCAAGACUUUACCUUAAUGAGGUUUUUGGAUCGUUUCAUCUACAAGAACCCAAAGAAGAAAAUUAAUGGUAAACAUUGUUUUUGUCAGAUAUCCACUGAGUUUUUCUUUAUUUCCUUUCAGCCAAGUAAAACAUCAGCAAGACUAAAUGAGACCCCAGUGAAUACAAAUGCUUUUUUGAAAAAGAAAGAAGAAGAUGUUCGUGAAGACGAGAUGUUCUUUUACAGGUAUUUUAAGUUCAAGUCGGAACGUGACAAGAAAACGAAAAACAAAAACAUUGAUGAAGAGACAAGUGAUCAUGAAGAAAUUGAUGAGGAACAAACAAGUCUUGAAUUAGAUUUYGCAAGGURAGUUUAUCUUUGUAUWAGAUGCUGUUCCAGGGAUGACCUGCAGCUCCCUCCUGACAAAUUUAUGUACCGGUAUAUGCCUCAGCUUAUUUAUUAUGUUUGCCACCACCUAUUUAUAAAAGUUCACACGUCUUUAUACAGUGAAGUUAAAAUGUCAAAACGAGAGACCAAGAGAAAAAAAGGCAAACAAGUUGAUGGAGAUGAGCAGUCGUCAGAGGAAGAAAGUUCUGAAGAAGACUUUGACUACAACAACAUGGAUAUUGAAGAAGACAAUGUUGAUGAUAAUGAAGAUGUUCAACAAGGAAAAAAGAGGAAGUUUACAGAUCAAGAUUAUGAAAAGGCUUUGCUAGAAAACAUCAGCUCAGAUGAGUUUGAAUCAGAUGAGGAAGACACAGGAAAAGCAAAGAAAAAGAAGAAAGUUGAAGGUGAUGAGGAUAUCAUGUCUUUGUUUGCUUCUGCUGAUGAGUUUUCACAUCUCUUGGAGAAUUCAACGUCUUCUGGUGGCAGUCAUGAUGUAWUGCAAGGUCAUGCAAGCAACAAGCAAAUCACUUGGGAGCAGCAUGGAAGAGAAGACUGGUCACACAAACACAGAAAUAAAUCUGGKCGUGGAAGAGGACUGGGGAGAGGGAGGGGAGGAGGGAGGGGACUAGGGAGAGGGAGAGGACGCCUUGUGGAAAGACAGAACUCUAAGCCAAGAUACUCAGGUCAAGGGCGUGGUGGGGGGCGAGGUAAAAGGGGAGGUCGUGGUGUUAGGAAAGGACGAUAGAUAAUAGAACAAGCAUUUAAUUCGCAACUAUGAACAAAAUAAUAUAAAGUUUUGUAGUCAAAUGAUGUCUAAAUAAGCUCUUCUGGUACAUCAGGAAUCUAAAAAAGAAAACAAUCAAGAUAAUGAGAUAUCAUACAACACAUACUCAUCAUUUACAUCAUAAGACUCAUCAACAAAAAUGGCUUGUAAUAUGUACUAAUGGAGUGCUUGAUGAUAUGACAUCAAAUGAAAAGAAAUUUGAUAGUAGUACUAGUAGUGUUGGUUAUUACAAGAGACUGGACUGCCUCUUAAUAGAGUAUCUCUCAUAUAACACCCUGCUAAUUUGAGAUCAGUCCAUAACUGUUUUAACUACACACUAACCGCAACAGUGAUGUCGAUGAGGUCAUUGACUGUUUUCUGAGAUCUUUGGCCGUGUUGCAUAUUGUACUCCAGUGAGGUCAGUAGUAUAUAAUACUGGUUUAAAAGUUCUCGCAUCCUGUCAAUCAUGAUAUUCUUACAUAAUAAGAUAAAAUUGAUGAUUUAAAUGCAUUCCAACAGUAGCAUACUUUUUGUCAUGAAACUUAUCUGUGGGAUAAAAGUCUUCAAUCUG